CCACUGUUUUUCUUGACACAUCCCAUAUAACCUAGCACGAGCCAUGCAUUUCUCGUUCCUCCGAGUAGUCGCAGUCGUUGCAGCUUUGACAGGAUCUAUGUCUGUCACCGCACAGUCCUGUGCGUCCGUAGGCCAGGCUUGUGGCAAGACCAGCCCGGUAGGCCUCUCAUGCUGCAGUGGCCUUUCCUGUACGCCUGUUGUGAGUAUCAGUCGUUCGCUUUGCAUCCGAAAUUCAACCCCACGACUCACCUUUGCGCCUUGUACCAAUAGGAAUGAGCUUUGCAGACUGAGCAUGUCACAAUAGUGUGUCUUAUUUCUUUCGCGUUGGCACAGUGCUUGAUCGCACGAUAUACAGUUUGUCGCGGAGUUAAUGGAUGUGCUCACUUUUAUACAAUUUUUCCUGACGCCUCGACUGGACUCCCGAAUAAAUUACUGUAGCGUUGAUAGAAGACCUCGGGCUCAGGCCUCAUGUCAUUCGACUUGUAUA